UUUUUUCUUCAUGUUUUGUCACGUUUCUCUACUAAGCAAGCAUAAGACAAAUCCUUCUUCAUUUCUCCAUUUUCGAAACAUCAAUGGCGUCUUCACAACAUGCACCUCCACCACCGAACCCACCACCACCAACCAACCUCUCCAUAACCCCAAAACCAAAAGAACGAGAUUUCUUAACCCACUUCGAAACCUACCUCGCCAAACGCGACGGCGUUGACAAACUUCUCAAAAUCUCCCGUUACACCGCAAAACUAAUCCUCGCCUCUAACCUCUCAGCUUCGGAUCCGAACCUCACUCACCGCCUCAAAAGCUUCGAAUCUAGCGUCGGAGUUAGCCGAAAAGCUUUCCGUCUCGGCAAAUUCGUUCAAGACCUCAACGCGCUACGUAACACGCGCGUUGAUUCCACACGCGAUUUAAUCUUCUCCUUUAUCGCUUACGGUGGUGAAGGAUUUUACUUUUUUAUCGAACAAUUCGUUUGGUUAUCCAAAACUGGUUUAAUCGAUCCAAAACGCUCUAAAACUUUCACGAAAAUAAGUGCUUAUGCUGAAUUUAUUGGUUAUUUUGGAAGCAUUGCGUUGAAAACUAGGGAUUUGAAGAUUAUUGUUGAGGAUGAAGCGUGUUUGAAAUCGAGUAUUGAGAUUAAUGUUUUGAGAGGGGAUGGUUGUGGAGAAGAGGAAAUUAAGUUGAGGAAAUUGAGAGAGAAGAUUUUGAUGAAGAAGCUUUCAAUUGUUCAAGAUUUGGCUGAUGGGUUGAUGGCUUUGGAUGAUAUUUUGGAUGGGAAGGGAUUGUUUUCCAAGCCUAUUGUCUUGUCAUCUGCUGGCCUUUUGUCUGCAUUGAUCAGUACUCAUAAGAAUUGGGUUUCUUGCUGAUUGAAUUUGUUUUACCCUUGCCGGUGCGUUUAUUUGUUCUUGUUAGUUACUUAGGAUUACACAUUACAAUUUUAUGAAAUGUAGUUUAUUUAUCUUUCGAUUACAAUAAUCGGUAAAUGUCCUUUAAGUACAGCUCAAUUGGUAGCUGCAAGGACGUUGAAUAACAUCUGGGUUAUAGGUUUAGUAGAAAAGGCUAGACUUAUACAGCGUGGCAAACCAAUGUUCAAAUAUGGGUUGAGAGAUACCCACUAUAAACCAUAAAUAAAAUUAUUAUAUCUUGUUGCAA